CACGUUUCAUUUUUCCCUUCACUACUAGCGGAGCUGCACGGAGGAAGCGAGGAGCCAGCCCAGAAGGGGCAAAGAAAUAAGCCUGGAAUUUAUCUCGCGCGUUAAACGAGACAAGAAGAGACCUCCGCCUUUCAUUUCAUAUUCCUUCUGUUUAUUCCACCACGGAGUGUAUGAAAUAUGAUGGGAACUGAACGAUGAGGAGUUCGUGCCUUGACGGCAGCUGACGGACUGAACCAUGGCCCAGUUUCCCACGCCCUUCGGAGGGGGGUCGGAUACAUGGGUAAUAUCUGUGGACGAAAGAGCCAAACAUGACCAACAGUUCCACAGCUUGACCCCCACACCUGCUGGCUUCAUCACAGGUGACCAGGCUAGGAAUUUCUUUCUACAGUCAGGUUUACCUGCUCCCAUCUUGGCCCAAAUAUGGGCUCUAGCCGACAUGAACAACGACGGGAAGAUGGACAUGCACGAAUUUUCAAUCGCCAUGAAGCUGAUUAAGCUUAAGCUACAGGGUCACCCACUCCCCCCAUCGUUGCCCCCCUCCAUGAAGCAGCAGCCGCUCUCCAUACCACCACAGCCCCCUUUUGGGAUGCCCAGUAUGGGACCAAUACCAGGCCUGCCACCGUCAAUGCCCUUGCCACCCCUGCCUGUGGGGGUGCCAGGAGGAGUGGGCGUGUCUCCUCCGUUGGUAGCAUCUGUGACCCCUCCGGUAUCAUCUCUGGCAAAUGGUGCACCUGCUAUGAUACAACCCAUACCUGGACUUUCCCAUUCAGCUGCUGCACUCAACAAAACCGCUUCGUUCAACCGUUCCAGCAUCAAACUACAGAAAGGCCAGUCUGUGGAGGCACCUAGUGCUCCGGCAGCUCCACCGCCCACCGACUGGGCUGUGCCUCAGUCCUCUCGACUUAAGUAUCGCCAGCUGUUCAACAGCCACGACAAAAUGAUGAGCGGAUAUCUCACAGGUCCACAGGCCAGAACAAUUCUUAUGCAGUCCAGUCUACCACAGGGACAGCUGGCCACCAUCUGGAACCUGUCAGACAUAGACCAGGAUGGGAAGUUGACGGCAGAGGAAUUUAUUCUGGCCAUGCACUUGAUUGACAUGGCCAUGUCCGGUCUGCCCCUCCCUCCUUUACUGGCUCCUGACUUCAUACCUCCGACAUUUAGACGGGUACGUUCUGGUAGCGGAGUGUCUAUGACCAGCAUGCACACUAUAGACCCGAGGGCCCAGGAGGAGCCUGGGGAGGAAGAGGAGAAAGAGCAAGAGAAAAAACUUCCAGUCACGUUCGAGGAUAAGAAACGCGAGAAUUUUGAGCGUGGAAACCUGGAGCUGGAGAAACGCCGGCAGGCUCUUCUAGAGCAGCAGAGGAAGGAGCAGGAGAGGCUGGCGGCGCUGGAGAAAGAGGAGCAGGAGAGAAAGGAGCGGGAGCGUCUGGAACAGGAGAGACGCAGACAGCAGGAGUUGGACAGACAGCUGGAGAGACAGAGGGAGCUGGAGAGACAGAGGGAGGAGGAGAGACGCAAGGAGAUCGAGAGACGAGAGGCUGCUAAACGGGAGUUGGAGCGUCAGCGGCAGUUAGAAUGGGAGCGGACGCGCAGACAAGAGCUACUCACCCAGAGAAACCGGGAGCAGGAGAACAUCGUCCUGCUCAAAGCCCGCAAGAAAACGCUGGAGUUUGAACUUGAGGCUCUGAAUGAUAAAAAGUCUCAGUUGGAGGGUAAACUGCAGGACAUCCGUUUCCGUCUCUCGACUCAGAGACACGAGAUUGAGAGCACCAAUAAGACGCGAGAGCUGCGCAUCGCUGAGAUCACCAGCCUGCAACAGCAGCUGCAGGAGUCUCAGCAGUGGUUGAGUCGGUUGAUUCCUGAUAAACAAUGUCUGAAUGACCAGCUGAAGCAGGUUCAGCAGAACAGUCUGCACAGAGACUCUCUGUCCGGUCUUCAGAGAGCUAUAGAAAUGAAGGAGUCAACCAAACAGCAGCUAAAAGAACAGCUGGACACUGUGGAGAAGGAGACGCGCUCCAAACUACUUGAGAUAGAUGCGUUCAACACACAGCUGAAGUCUUUGGGACUGUUCUAUCAGACCCAUGCUGCCAAGAUGGAGAACCUGCAAUCAGAGCUACUAUUUGAAGAGCAGAGGGGGCUACAGUCAGGGAGCUCUGUGGACGAGGUGCUGUUGGACUGUCUCACAGCACUGCUGGCCUGUUUGAAGCAUAUAGACUUCUACUUCCAGGAGUUGAGAGAAAUCCACAACAAACAGCAGAGGCAGAAACAAAAGGACCUGGAGGCUGACAUCACCCAACCAUCACAUGAUAGGACAUCCACGGAAUUACAAGAGUCCAGGUUGUCGGGGCCAGACGAGGGCCUGUCACCGGCGUGGAGAGAUGGUGGUUUGAGGAAAGUUCCCACUCCUCCCUCGUCUCAUGCUUGGAUGAGUCGAGUCAGUGAAGAGGAGAACCAUAGCAAAGCCGACAUCCAGGAGAACCUCUCCAAGCUUUUUACACAGCAGACACAACCAGGAAAGGUCCCGUCGCCCUGGUCUAUGGGAGAGAAGCUCCCGGUGUCUGGUUUUAACCAGGAUAAGGUAAAAGUGGUCUACUACAGAGCGCUGUACCCAUUCGACGCCCGUAGUCACGAUGAGAUCACCAUUCAUCCAGGAGAUAUAGUGAUGGUGAAGGGGGAGUGGGUGGAUGAGUCACAGACAGGUGAGCCGGGGUGGUUAGGAGGAGAGAUUAAAGGAAAGACUGGCUGGUUUCCAGCAAAUUAUGCCGAAAAGAUCCCUGAAUCUGAAGUUCCUCUCAGUUUGAGGGCCAGUAGCACCCCUAAAUUGGGAUCCCAGAUAUCAUCCACUUCCUCAUCUAAUUCGGCCACACCCAUACAGCCAGUUUCCACAGAGCCUGCACCAAUAGCCCCGCCCUCUUCAGCCGCAGCCCCACCAGGCCCCGCCUCCUCAUCUUCUUCAACAUCUAGCAAUUGGGCAGAUUUCAGCACUACAUGGCCAUCUAACUCAUCUGUGGAGAAGCAGGACAGCGAUGGGUGGGAUGCGUGGCCGACCCAGCCCACUCAGCCUUCUCUGUCUGUGCCCAGUGGGGGUCAGAUGAGACAGCGCUCGGCUUUCACACCCGCCACACUCUCUGGAUCCUCACCCUCACCUGUGCUUGGACAGGGUGAGAAGGUGGAGGGUCUACAGGCGCAGGCUCUGUACCCCUGGAGAGCCAAAAAAGACAAUCACCUGAAUUUCAACAAGAAUGAUGUCAUCACCGUGCUUGAGCAGCAGGACAUGUGGUGGUUCGGAGAAGUACAGGGGCAGAGAGGAUGGUUCCCCAAAUCGUACGUCAAACUUAUCUCCGGACCUGUACGGAAAUCUAUGAGUAUUGAGUCUGGUUCCUCCGACAGCCCUCCCAGUGUUAAGAGACCCAGCCCGUCUCCGAACAAGCCCACGGAUCUCGGAGAAGAGUACGUGGCAAUGUAUACGUAUGAAAGCAGUGAGCAAGGUGACCUGACCUUCCAGCAGGGUGAUGUCAUCACGGUCACAAAAAAAGAAGGGGAUUGGUGGACCGGUACUGUGAGUGGGAGGACUGGAGUCUUCCCCUCCAAUUACGUCAAACCUAAAGAUUCUGAGGGUUUGGGAUCUGCAGGGAAAACAGGAAGUUUGGGGAAGAAACCAGAGAUCGCUCAGGUCAUCGCCCCCUACACAGCCACCGGGCCAGAGCAGCUAACUCUGGCACCAGGUCAGCUCAUUCUCAUCCGCAAGAAAAACCCGGGAGGAUGGUGGGAAGGAGAACUUCAGGCAAGAGGAAAGAAGCGUCAGAUUGGCUGGUUUCCAGCUAAUUAUGUUAAAUUAUUAAGCCCUAGCACCAGUAAGACCACACCUACAGAGCCCAUCCCACCCAAGCUGCCAACGCCCAAUGCAGUGUGCCAGGUGAUUGGCAUGUACGACUACACAGCCCAGAACGAUGACGAGCUGCCUUUUGGCAAAGGCCAAAUCAUCAACGUCUUGAGCAGAGAGGAUCCCGAUUGGUGGAAAGGGGAGCUGAACGGUUCCGUCGGACUUUUCCCAUCCAACUACGUCAAGCUGACCACCGACACGGACCCCAGCCAACAAUGGUGUGCGGAUCUGCACCUUCUUGACAUGCUGACCCCGAUGGAAAGGAAGAGGCAGGGCUACAUUCAUGAGCUUAUUGUUACAGAGGAAAACUAUGUCAAUGACCUGCAGCUGGUCACGGAGACCUUCCAGAAGCCUCUGCUGGAGUCUGAAUUGUUGACAGAGAAGGAAGUGGCCAUGAUUUUCGUCAACUGGAAAGAGCUGAUCAUGUGCAACAUCAAGCUGCUCAAGGCGUUGCGGGUGAGGAAGAAGAUGUCAGGGGAGCGCAUGCCGGUGAAGAUGAUUGGUGACAUCCUGACAGCUCAGCUUCCUCACAUGCAGCCGUACAUCCGCUUCUGCAGCUGCCAGCUCAACGGCGCCACCCUCAUCCAGCAGAAAACAGAUGAGGUGCCUGAAUUCAAAGAGUUUGUUAAGAGGUUGGCAAUGGACCCUCGCUGUAAGGGAAUGCCCCUGUCCAGUUUCCUCCUCAAACCCAUGCAGAGAGUCACUCGGUACCCUCUCAUCAUCAAAAACAUUUUAGAGAAUACUCCAGAGAGUCAUCCGGACCACAGUCACCUGCGUUUAGCGCUGGAGAAGGCUGAGGAGCUCUGCUCGCAGGUCAACGAAGGCGUGCGUGAGAAAGAAAAUUCGGACCGCUUGGAGUGGAUCCAGGCUCAUGUGCAAUGUGAGGGGCUUUCAGAGCAACUUGUGUUCAACUCCGUUACAAACUGCCUGGGACCUCGAAAAUUCCUGCACAGUGGCAAACUGUACAAAGCCAAAAGCAACAAGGAGCUUUACGGCUUCUUGUUUAAUGACUUCCUGCUCCUCACGCAGAUCAUUAAACCUCUCGGCUCGUCUGGAAACGACAAGGUUUUCAGCAGCAAGUCACACCUGCAGUAUCGCAUGUACAAAACGCCCAUCUUUCUGAACGAGGUGUUGGUAAAGCUCCCUACUGAUCCUUCAGGAGAUGAACCCAUAUUCCACAUCUCUCACAUCGACAGGGUCUACACUAUACGGGCUGAGAGCAUAAAUGAGCGGACCGCCUGGGUACAGAAGAUCAAAGCCGCCUCUGAGCUCUUUAUCGAAACGGAGAAGAAGAAGAGAGAGAAAGCCUACCUGGUGAGGUCUCAAAGGGCCACAGGGAUCGGACGGCUGAUGGUGAACAUCGUAGAAGGCAUUGAGCUGAAGCCCUGCCGCUCGAAUGGUAAAAGUAAUCCAUACUGUGAGGUGACGAUGGGCUCUCAGUGUCACGUGACUAAGACACUGCAGGACACUUUGAACCCCAAAUGGAACUCAAACUGCCAGUUCUUCAUUAAGGACCUGGAGCAGGACGUGCUGUGUGUCACUGUGUUUGAAAGGGAUCAGUUCUCCCCAGAUGAUUUCUUGGGCAGAACGGAGAUUCGGCUGGCCGACAUUAAGAAGGACCAGGGCUCUAAGGGCCCCAUCACCAAGCGUCUGCUUUUACACGAAGUCCCCACGGGCGAGAUCGUGGUCCGACUGGACCUUCAGCUCUUUGACGAACCCUGACCCGUGUUGUUCGACCUGACCUUUUGACCCUCAAAUCCCAUAUGCGCUGCUCCUCCGUGGUGAAAGCCAUCAGCCUAUGUGACAAUCCCACUCCACCCAGCAUCGUGAACCCAGAGCGUGAAUGUGUUUCCGCAAGAAAUCUGUGAUCGGGAUCAAAUUUUUGUUGUCCUUGGUAGCAUUUAAAGCCAAGCGUUGUGUGCGUGAGUGUAAAUGAAGAAUGCACUGUAGAGGAGAAAAUAUUUCUGUCUCUAAUGAUGUGAAGGAUGUCUCAGGAUGCUGUAAGUCUUAUUUGAGCUGGAAAUUUGCCAUAACGUUUUUGCAGCUAUUUAUUUUAAAAUGCACAGAAUCGUCAUAUAAUGAAAACUUGUUCCAGGUGAUUCCAAGUGCCAUUCCGAUGACUCCCAUAGGUGAAUCUCACAAAACUUAAUUACUUUAAUAUACAGAUUAAAAAUAAUUCUCAAUACUGUAUUGUGAAACAGAUGAUAUUUAAAUUAUGUAAUGGUAGUAUUUGAAUGAAUCCAGUUUUAAAUACAAAAUUGUAAUACAGUAAUGAGAAUUUAAUCACAACGAUUAACACGACACAUAAAACAUGUAAGGUAAAGGGAAAGAUGUACUGUAUUAAAGGUGCAUUGUGUAACUUUUAGAAGAAUCUUUUGACAGAAAUGCAAUAUAAUCUACAUAACUAUAUUAUCAGUUAUGAACUGUAUUGUUUAUAUUACCUUAGAAUGAGCCGUUUUUAUUUACAUACACCGCUGCUCCCCUUACAUGAGGGUCGCCAUUUUGCGCCACCAUGUUUCUACAGUAGCCCUAAAAUCAAAAAAUGAAACAAACGCACUCCGUCCGAGGUGCAAGUCAAAAAGAAUAUAUCCAAAUAUAUAGCAAAAAAUAGUGACUGCACACUCACUUGCAAAAUAAUUUUAUUUUAACCAACGUUUCGGCAAAUAGCCUUACACAUACCUUGACGAAGGCUAUUUGCCGAAACGUUGGUUAAAAUAAAAUUAUUUUGCAAGUGAGUGUGCAGUCACUAUUUAUUCUACAGUAGCCCUAAACAGACAAACUGCUGUACAGAGCGCGUUUCAUCACUACGUUGUCUCAGACGAUGACAUAUUUGUCUUGUUACCGUAACUUCUCUAUACUUUUCGAAAGGGAGGAGUGAGCUGCGGACUGCGUCGUUGGUUGCAAUUCACAGUCUCACAGCUAGAUGCCGCUAAAAAUCUACACAAUGAUCUGGACACAUUAGGGAUAUUAAAACAAAGUCGCAGUGCAACAAAAAAAUAGGAGUAAAAAUGGGAGUAAAAAUAAGACCUGGUAAUGUUUUUUUAUGUGAGAUUCGUCCUUAACUCUUUCCCCGCCAGCGUUUUUAAAAAAAAGUUGCCAGCCAGCGCCAGCAUUUUUCAUGAUUUUCACAAAAGUUUAAUGCCUUCCAGAAAAUGUUUUUUUAAAUAUAUAAACAAACAAUAUAUCAAAUGAAAGAACAGACCCUCUGCUUUCAAACAAAAAAAGUUUCAUCCUACCUUCAUUAGUUCUCUUUUUAUCACCUCUCAAAUAUGGGUAGGCUUCUUCAAAAACACUUCAAAAAAAAAUUUGAGCAAAAAGCUGAAAUAAUUCCAUUUUUGUGAAGGACUUUUGAUAGAGAUCAGAUGCAGAGCGAUCUUUAAAACAUACACGGAGUUCUUUCUUUUUCACGUGAGGCGCUACUUCCGGGUUGUAUAAGUUGCGGAAGUGGAUAAUAGCAGUAUUGUGGAAAGCCGGAAAUUCUCGACAUUGGCAGGGAAGCGUUUUCUCUUAAUUGACGAGUUAUCUCGUCAAUGGCGGCGAAAGAGUUAAAUAAGUCUUACUAGCAACAUUUUGUUUCCGAAAAUCAUCAAUACUAAAACACACCAAGUUUUGCUGGCAAACCUUUCUAGUGUCAUGACCAAACCAUUUUUAUUUUUUUAUUUCCAGUUGUUUUUAAGUAAACAUAUUGGGAACACAGUUGGUAACUACCAAGUUCUAUCCAGUUUGUAAUUCCUUACAAAGUUUCAUGGAAAAUGUUUGGGUAAAAUCGACGUCUUGGAGGAGAUAUGGUUAGAUAGGGCUGCGAACACUCCACAGCAAAAUGAUUUUAAUAUAUGCAAGAUGAAAUUGUGGGAGAAAUUAGUUUUUGCUAUUUAAUGAUUGUUUAUCGAUUCACUUAUUUAUUUUUAUUUUGUGGGAAUGGGACACAUCGGCAGUAAACGUCAGAAAUAUUGCCAAGGGGUUUUAUUGAAGUGUUUUUCUGUAUAAGUCACUUUUCUGCAUCAAAUUUUUGAAAUGUUCCUAUGAUGGGCUUAAAUACAGUAUGAGCCUCCAUUAGUUUAAUUUUAGCAAUAAUUCAUGAUAUUUUCUUAAGAUAUUCUUCAAUAUUCCACAGAUGAUCUUAAUUUUGUUUUGGUACAUCCCAAAGUAAACUAUUUAAUAUAUAGUGCUAUAUUUAAGUUUUAUACUGCAUUACUAAUAAGUUCAAGGUUUGCUAAUAAUUAAUGUGUGUUUAUUUUUUAUUCUUGUGCUGUUAAUGAUCAACACUGUAGUCAUGUCUGUAAAAAUGAGAAAUUUGUUAAACUGUUGUUUGUAAAAAGCUAAAAAUGGGACUUGCAGAUUUGCAAAGGCGCAGUGGAUAAAACGCAAUUUGUUCAGUCUUAAAUUAACCAGAAGGGAUCAAGUGUUUAACCCAUACCUGCAGGAAAUAUAAUCUCUAAAUCUGUUAUAGAAAAAAACUACUGUUUUUACAUGUUCGAUACAAUGUUUUUGUACGUUUGCCCCUAAAUGAUCGCACUACUGAGCCUAAGAAAGAUGCUGUUUGCUUUUAGACUUUAGCUUCUGUAUCACUGAAUACAAGACACACAUUAAUAUUCCACUGCUGUGCUAGUGAGAUAUACCAGUGUGAUCGAGAAGAACAGAUAACUUAUUUCACUUGAUCUUUCUGUGUAUGUGUGUAUAUGUGAGAGAGUAUUUCUGAGUGCUGUUUGCUGGGUCACUUUUCCAAACCUCAUGAAGAAUACAAUGCAAGAGGUCAUGGUCACGGUCACGUCAUUUACCUCUCCUGUUUCUCUCCUAACCUCUCUUCCAUCUCUUGUCAUGCACACUGUACAUUUUCAUACCAGGAGUUUUGCCCAUCUUUAUUAUUUUUAAUGAGCAAGAUCCCAUUGAUUCAACAGUAAUAUAUGUGUCUAUGUUUAAAUCUUUGAAUGGAAUAUAAUAUAUUACAACUUGAGAAGUAAAUAUGUUGAUGACAGCGUAUUGUUAUCAAUGUAGAAGCAGUGUGUUGUCUUAAUGUUGCAAAUAAAACUCGAUUGGACCAAGGUAUAAA